GUCAGGCAACAAUUUUAUUCUAACAAAUUUAUAUCUCCUCUCGUCACUCUCCUACUAACUGUAAUUACCAGACGAAACAGUUUUUCACUGCCUAUCCUGCAAGUCCACUGAAUCACAUCGACUGCAGGAAAGAAAAAAAAACAAUACAGGACAAUUGAUCCAUCUCAUCGACACGCGAUUCGAACUGAUAGCAUCAGUUGCCAAAAACUUUUCUCGAUCUCUAUUCCAUUCUAUUCACCACCACCUUCAUUUACGCUCUCUUAACCUUUCUCUUAUUUACAAUUAGGAGCUGAGCCACCCCAACUCAUACACCAUCCCACAUCCGAACUUUCUAUCAUCUCAUAUUAUUCUAUCGACUUAGGGGAUAAUUGCGUACCCCUUAUUGGUAAGUCGAUCAUCUAAUAUGUCCCAACUAUGAUUGACCUCGGCUGACUGUUGUAUAUACCGCAGUGACCUUGAGCAUCUAUCGUAUCUCUUAAGCUGCGACUAUCAGUACACCUUGAGGGAACUUCAUCGGCCUUAUAUACAUAAGAGCAUCGACGUAACAAAGCUUGACAUUACGUCCGACACAGAAAGCCUAAGGUAUGUGCCUUCUGUGAUUAUUGAACAAACAAGGGGCAACUCUGACCAAGUCAUAGUCUUGUCAUAUUGUGCAUAACCCCUUAAGCAAUUCGACACCAUGUGUGGCAUAUCGUGCCUCGAGUGCCCCGUAUGCCGGCACGAGUUUCAAGGCAUCCAACUUUGCACGGAGGCCUCGAACGAAUUGUUUAACGAACACGCCGAUCCACAUAAGCCGUGCCAUCGAUUUCACUGCCCGAAACUGGUCUGGCCUCCCAUUCAGCCCCCGAGCAAGAUCGUUCGCAUCUGUGAAGAAUGCUCACUAGUUUACCGUUUGGGGGGCCCAGAGUCAGACGAUGAAGAGUCAGACGGAGAAGAAGUGGUGACGGUAGGCGAGACUGACCACUACAACUGGGCAGCAAGAGUGAGCGAGCUGCAUCAUCGCUACGUCACUGUUCGCGUCCCCAGUUGCAAGCUUUGCAAGAAACCACACUAUGGCCGUAGAAAAAGCAACAGUCUUGAGAAUGGAAGCCAAUUUGUGGUAGGCAUGGAUGGAAUUGAACUAGAGGUGAACUCUGUCAUGUGGAAAUGGAUGAGGAAGAUCAAGGAUACGAAGGCAAUUCAGACUAACUUCACGAUCGGGUUCAUGACGGAGCCUUGUCCGACAUGCAUCAACCUCGAGACUGUACUUCGGGGCAAGGUGAUCAAGUUCUUGGAGGUGUGUGAUCCGAUCGAGGCUUGGGCCAUAUGGAACUGGUUGCACUUGCGAGCGACCAACCAGGCCGAUUUCUGGAACCAUGAGGCAGCCAAUACUGGCCUCCCGGACUCACCACCCCCCCACAUCCUCAACUUCAAAGCUCUAAUGGCUACCGGCUGGAAAGCUCGAACUGGAGUUGCUUGGGAACGUCUUGAUGAGGCCUCUUCCUCGUCAUACGGUUUUAUUGUCGGGGAGAAGGAAGGUCUGAGGCACAUUCACAGUUGGGGGGGCUACCGCGGAUUGCCUGGUGAAGAGAUUGAAAAGUUACUCCCCCCCGUUCCAUUAGAUGAAGAUAACAUCACGGUCGAAUAUGAAGGCCCGGAAGAGCAGUUCCAAGGAGAAGCUAGCGCCAAAGAAAAGCGCAACCUUGACCGUGGCGCAAGGACGGGAAUACUGUUUCCAUCGGAACCCAAAAGUAAACGCAAGAGGAAGGCAAGUAGCGAAGGUAAUUCGGGAGUCGGCGAACGUGUGAAGCGAGUCCGCUUUUCCGAGGACCCGGUCAUGUCCGUACAGCAUCCUAACGGUGUUAUCGAGCAAAACAUUACCGAGCAAAACACUACCGAGCAAAAUACCACCGAGCAACCGGGCAAGCUGGACAAGGGAAAGAAAGUCCGUCGAAUGUCGAGUUCCCGUAAGCGAAAAAUGAAAUUAGAAGAGCUGCGGAACGCCGCUCAGGCGCAGGUCCUCAGUAAGCCAGCAUUUGAACGGGAAUCGACAAAUUUUAGCACAUCGAGUUCUGACUCAUCGACGAGUGGAAGUACCUCGGAUAGUAGCAGCAGUAGCAAUGUUGCCGAGGAGCCGGAACUGAACGGGCAAGCCGAAGACGGCUUGGACUUGAUUGGUGAUGAUGAAAUCAUCUCCAUCUCUUCGGAUUCGGAUAGUAGCUCUGACGAAAGUGACGAAAGUGCCGAUGAUAAUGAUGAUAAUGAUGACAUUGAAAGCAACGGCCAUGAAAGCAACAACGCCGAGAGCGAGGACGAUGAGAUGGAUGUUGAUGAGAGCAACAACAGUGAGAGUAAUGAUGAUGAAAGCAACGACAACGAAAGUGAUAACGGCGAAAGCAUCAAUGGUGAGACCAACGGCUUUGAAAACAUCGACGACGAGAGCAACAACGUCGGAAGUGACGAUGAGAACGACGAAGUUGAGAGUAACAGCGAUGAAAAUAUCGUCGAUAGUAUCGAAACUGUGCCUACACACGAUGAGGACACCCAGUGCUCAGACAGCGACGAUGGCUUGGGCGAAGCUGAAGAGUAUGAGUUCGAAUACAAAGGCUUCGUCUCCUCUGAUAUGGGCUUAUGGUACCUGGACGGCCUCACCGACCUAAACUUCCGGUGGCAUCUGCCUCUCGGUGUCACGCCGAAUGAAGAACGACAAAAGCUAGAACAGGAUGAGCCCCAAGACCAAUCUGAGACCCAGCCCGAGACCCAGCCCGUGUUGGAAACAGUUGAAGUUGAAGAAGGAACGCAAGAAAUCCAGAAAGAAGCCCAGGAGCAGGUCCAGGAAGAAAUUCAAGGAGAGGUCCAGAAGGAAGUUCAAGAUGAAGUCCAGGGACGAGUCCAGGAACAGGUCCAGGAAGAGAUCCAGAAAGAAGCACCGAAAGAAGUACAGGAACAGGCCCAGGGAGAGGCCCAGAAGGAAGUUCAAGAUGAAGUCCAGGCACAAGUUCAGGGACAAGUCGAGGAACAGAUCCAGAAAGAAGCACCGGAAGAAGUACAGGAACAGGCCCAGGGGGAGGCCCAGGGAGAGGUCCAGGUAGAGGGCCUGGGAGCUGGCCAAGUCGCAACCCAGGAAGUCGCAAGCCGAGAGGAGGCAGCCGAAGAUAUCCCUGCCCCCCCGAGCCCCGUAGAUAGUGGAUGUGCACGGGGGCGGGGACGGGGACGGGGACGAGGGAGAGGACAAGGGCGAGGGCGAGGACAAGAUGGAAAGGGUCGAGGACGGGGAAGCGGACGAGGCCGAGGCCGACCGCGAAAGAACCCCUAUUAAUUUCACUGCCCGUGGUGGAUAGAAAUAGUGAUUCUGAUGGUAGCAAGAAAGAGGAAGGAAAAGGAUUUGAAGGCCUCAUACUAUGGCCUCACCUAGGUACUUUACCUAUGUAUUGUACUUACCCCUAUCUGCCAACAAUACUUGAAAGUUGCGUUGUGCGGUUUACUUUUCGGGUUUUGAUCUUCAUUUCGUUUUUCGUUUGCUUGGUAUGAUACUAUCCUACUAUAGAUCAUAUCAUUGAUGCAACUAAUUCACUUGUUUAAUAAAGGUGAACAAGUCUGGUAAUUCAAACUGUGUAGUUAAUGU